CUCAAAAUAGAAAACCCUGAAAACCCUACUACACCUACUACACCUAUACUUUUAAUGCCCAUUUCAGUGAAAGGCAGCAUCAGUAAAGUCGCUGCUGUGAAUCAGAUCAAGUCCCUGGUUGACGGUCUGCAGCUACCCUUACAAUAUGAAAAGGACGAUUGGCAAGUUGAUAUCGACUACUACCAUAUUGACGAUUUUCCCGAGCACUUGAGAGAAUGGGCACUCACACUGUUCAAAGCUAAUAUGCUGACGAUGUACAAGAAUUCAAAGGAUGGCUGGAAUGAGGACGAGAAAAGGUCGGAGCUGUUUGCAAAGGAAGCAAGAUACCUUGUUGCAAGAUCUCGCACAGAUCCCACACGUCUUUUCGGGUAUCUUUUAUUUCAGAUAGUGCAGGAAGAGACCAUGGAUGACGACGUCCUGGCUGAUGUUGCAUAUUGCUACGAGUUACAAAUUGAAGACAGUGCAAGAGGCAGAGGUCUGGGAGAAUAUCUCGUCAAACUGCUGGAGGACAUUGGCAAACGCUGGAGUAUGGAUAAGGUUAUGCUGACUGUCUUUAAAGUGAAUACAGGGGCGUUCAAAUUUUACACUAAAAAGCUUGCCUUUGAGCUGGAUGAGAUAUCACCAGGAAAAUGCCUCAGUGCACGUCAGGCACGCAAAUUUGACUAUGAGAUUUUGAGUAAAGCACUGGGCUGAAGGCGAAGAAAAUGAAACAUGGAGGUUCAGCUUCGAUAAAGAUGCAUUUCAUUUCCUGUGAGAGUGGCAAGGUAUACUUCGUUAUUGAUGACUGAAGUUUUGACGUCCAUGACAUU